AUGGCCCCCGUCAAGAAGACCACCACCACCGCCAAGAAGGUUCCUGCCCACCCUCCCUUCCUUGAUAUGGUCAAGGCUGCUAUCCUCGCGCAUAAGGAAGAAGCUCGUAAGGGUAUUUCUAGAGCUACUAUCAAAAAGUACCUCGAAGAGAAAUACAAACUCGACCUCUCCCUCCCCGCCAACGGUACCAACCUCACCUCGGCCAUCCGCCGGGGCGUCUCGAAUGAGGUUUUGGAGUUGCCUUCGGGGCCUUCGGGGAAGGUCAAGCUUGCGCCUGCUGCAAAGGCCGCGGCUGUGAAGGAGGCCAAGCCCGCCGCUCCCAAGAAGGAGAAGGCUCCCGCCGCCAAGACGACUGCUACCAAGAAGCCCGCUGCCACCAAGCCCGCCGCGAAGAAGACUGCUACCAAGACUACGACCACCAAGUCCAAGACUACCGCCACCAAGGCUACUACCAAGGCUGCGCCCAAGAAGACUACCACCACCAAGGCUGCUACCGCUACCAAGGCUAAGGCUGCCUCCAAGCCUAAGGCUACCACUACUACCAAGGCUACUACCACCAAGAAGCCUGCCGCUAAGAAGACUACUGCGGCGGCCAAGAAGCCUGCUGCGAAGAAGACUGCUUCGGGGACUAAGAAGGUUCCUGCUGCCAAAGCUGCCGCUGCGAAGCCCAAGGCCAAGGCUGCGAAGCCCAAGGCUAAGGCUGCUCCCAAGAAGGCUUAA